AUGUCUUCACCUCAACCACGUUUGGUGGAUUUGAUUGUGAUUGGAUGCGGAAAUAGAGGAAAGAAUUAUGCCCGAUAUGCCAAGGAACGUCCAGAUCAAUGUCGUCUUGUUGCCAUUGCUGAGCCCAGAAAAUAUAUCAGAGAAUUGAUGAAAGAAAUUUAUAAAUUGGAUUCCGAAUGUCUAUUCAAUGAUUGGCAAAGUCUUUAUUCGUAUUUAUUGGAAUUUCAAAAAAACAACAAUUCAUCCUCUAGCAACAACAGUAGCAGAACAUAUCCACCAUUUAUAGAUCCCACUCAUGAAAAAACUGUCGUUAUCUGUACUCAAGAUCAGGAUCAUGUUGAGCCGGCUCUUGCUUUUGCAAGUUUAGGAUUUCAUAUUCUAUUGGAAAAGCCAAUGGCAGUGAAUGCAGAGGAUUGUAAACGCAUCACAAAAGCCGUUGAAGAGAAUGGCGUAAAGUUUGCAGUGUGUCACGUGUUGAGAUAUUCCAUUUAUACACAACGAUUGAAAGAAAUUUUGAAUUCUGGACUAAUCGGAACAAUUAUUAAUAUUCAACAUUUGGAGCCCGUAGGAUGGUUUCACUAUGCUCAUUCCUAUGUGAGAGGAAACUGGAACAAUGAACAAACGUCGUCACCCAUGUUGUUGGCAAAAUCAUGUCACGACAUUGAUUGGUUGUGCCACGUAAUGAGUCCACAUAAGGUUGUACAAGUGUCUUCGUUUGGGUCUCUCAUGCAUUGUAGAAAGGAAAACAAACCAGAAGGUGCUGCCUCCAGAUGUUUGGAUUGUCCUUCAAGUAUUGAAGAGAAGUGUUGUUACUCGGCGAAAAAGAUUUAUUUAGAUACUGUGAAAAUGGGACAUACUGGUUGGCCUGUUUCUGUCAUUAUUGAAUCAGGAGAAGAGCCCACUGUUGAAAAUGUGACUCAUGCUUUGAGAAAUGGGCCUUAUGGACGAUGUGUGUAUGACUCUGACAACAAUGUAGUGGACAAUCAAGUAGUCUCCCUCCAAUUUGACAAUGGUGCAACGUGCACCUUCACCAUGAUUGCCUACUCGAAAGAAAUUUGUGAACGUAAAACGAGAAUCUAUGGCACGAUGGGAGAGUUGGAAAUUGUUGGCAACACCAUUCAACAUUUUGAUUUCUUGACACAAGCAUACAAGAAGAUUGAUUUAGACAGUGAAAUUCCAAAAACUAAUUUGAGUGGCCAUGGCUUUGCUGAUUUUUACUUGAUGAAAUACUUUAUUGAUGCCAUUUGUGAGAAUGAUUCGAGCAAGCUGCUUUCCAAUGCACGUGAGACGUUGAAUUCACACUUGUUAGUGUUUACAGCAGAAGAGGCUCGACAUUCUUCAACAGUGAUUAAGGUCAAUGAUCAAGUAGAUUUGACCAACAUCAAUGCGAGUCCACCAAAAGUAUCAAGCUCUCGCAGCAACAGUGCCAAAUGUGAAUUAAAUUAA